AUGACCACCCGGUACCGUGUUGAAUACCAACUGAUCGAAUGGAUCAAAGGCCUCCUGGCUGUCCCCUUCGUACUGCACUCGCAGCCCACAGCCGUCUAUCAAGAACACAGCGAGAAUCUGAUCGCUGUAGCGGCAGACACGCACCAACGCUACGCCGAGAUCUUCCGGGACGUUGAGACGCUGAUCCGGGACCACAUCAAACACGAACAAGACGACGCGCCCGGCAAAUCCAAACUCAAGCUCCUCGUCCCCUCAGUGGGCACGUUCUUCACAACACUGUACCUCGAAGACGCCUUCAAAUACCAGGACCAGCAACGAUUCAUCAGCCGGCGACGAUUCGUGGCCCCAUCCUUCAACGACGUGCGCCUGAUCCUCAACUCCGCCCAACUGUUCGGCCUGACGCGCUCGACCGGCGUCGACCUGGUGACCUUCGACGGAGACGUGACGAUCUACGACGACGGGGCGUGUCUCACGCCCGACAACCCGGUCAUUCCACGCAUCCUCCGCCUCCUGCUGCAAGACCGGAAGGUUGGCAUCGUCACGGCAGCAGGAUACACCGAGGCGGGGAAGUACUACGAGCGACUGAAGGGGUUGCUGGACGCGAUGCACGACUCGGAUACGCUGAGCGAUGCCCAGCGCGAGGGGUUGGUGGUUAUGGGUGGUGAAAGCAAUUUCCUCUUCCGGUACGACUCGGCCUCGCCGGCCAGGUUGACCUAUGUGCCGCGGUCGGAGUGGAUGCUCGAGGAGAUGGCGUCGUGGGCCGAGGAGGAUAUCACGCAGUUGCUGGAUAUCGCGGAGUCGUCGCUGCGGGCGUGUGCGUCGAACUUGAAUCUGCCGGUCGCCGUGCUGCGCAAGGACCGCGCCGUCGGGGUCUAUCCGCUCGACCGCAAGAUCAGCCGCGAGCAGCUGGAGGAGACCGUCCUGGUGGUGCAGAAUACGGUGGAGCGGUCGGAGGUGGGCUCGCGGUUGCCGUUUUGUGCGUUUAACGGUGGCAACGACGUGUUCGUGGACAUCGGCGACAAGUCGUGGGGAGUGCGGGCGUGUCAGCAGUACUUCGGGGGGAUCGAGCGGGAGAGGACCCUGCAUGUCGGCGAUCAGUUCCUGUCGGCGGGGGCGAAUGACUUCAAGGCCCGCCUGGCGUCCACAACCGCGUGGAUCGCCAGCCCGCGGGAGACGGUGCAGCUGCUGGACGAGCUGGAGGGGCUGUAGGAGAAGUACAGUGCAGUGCAAUGCAACAACAGUGACAAUAACAACAGCAACACAUACACCACCGGAUGGGAUGGAUGAGAUGAACACGAGACGAAAUUGGAUUAAGUACCCAUUUAUAGUAUGGAUAAGUAUUGGCACGGCAUAACACGAAACAAGCAAAGCAAGCAAGCAUGUAUCUAUCUAUCUAUCUAUUGAUGACAGUAUUGGACUACCUUACCUACAAGCAUUAUCUAAUUCCGCACCGGAGCGGAACAGAACAGAAGAGAGCAUGACCUGUAGACAGGUCUCAGGUUAC